UACCUCUAUGUUUUGAUUAUUGCUUUUUUCCUUCUUAGGCUUGUAUUUUGCCAUUCUGUUAGGCGGUUGCCUCAUUUUUUGCAAUUCCUCAUCCAAGAGGAUAUAUUGCUUUGUUCUUGAGAAUUUCCGGCAAGACCGUAUCAUUGGUGCUUUUAUUGGCUUUGAUGAUGGCCGAUUCCGACGUGGUUGCAGCGGUCAAGGCACUCCAAAUUCAGUUCAAAGGUCAAACAAUGUCUCUUCAUCAAACCUUGCAGCAAUACAUGGCGACUAUGGAUUCUCGGUUGGAGGAGUUACGCUCGCAAAUCCAUGGCUCGCUGGAGGUCGCCCCCAGUUCUUCAGGCAAACCGCCCAGAGCACCAACCUCUUCGGAAGUAUUUUCCGGCGGUACUGAGAUUUCUCCGGCCCUACGAUCCAUGAAAAUAGAGGUCCCUAAGUUCGAUGGAUCGGAUCCUAAUGGGUGGAUCUUUAGAAUUGAGGAGUUCUUCGAUUUCCAUGGUACACCCGCGUCUCUUCGCCUGCGGAUUGUCUCUUUCCAAAUGGAAGGUAGAGCAGCUGCUUGGUAUCAAUGGAUGAAGGCUAACAACCUGUUAGCCACGUGGAAGGAUUUCUUGACUAAUCUGCGGCAUCAAUUUGGCGCUUCGAUGUACGAGGACCAUCAAGGUAAUCUCUCUAAAUUGACCCAAACUACUACUGUGGCCGAUUUUCAAUCUGCUUUUGAGGAUUUGAUGAAUAAGGUAACUCGAAUUUCUGAGCCCUUGUUGAUUAGUUUCUUCAUCACGGGUUUAAAACUGGAUCUCCGCCAGGAGUUGUUGUUUUCCCGUCCGACCUCACUGAUGGAAGCCUUUGCUCUGGCUCGAGCUUAUGAGGCUCGAUCGGAGGACACCAAACACAAUAGUCGUUCUUGGACAAAAUGGUCACCAUAUACCAGUCCACUUCCUCCUCCUACCACGCCUAAUAACCCACCUUCCCACCCAUACACAAAAAACCAUGUCCAUUCCACCAAUACGGCCCCUGCAAUGCCAUACCCUUCGCCCUAGUACUACCCUAACCAAACAAGCCUCAUUGCCACCCCUGUUACCCACACCACCCCUCCCAGUUCGGCGGUCAUCCCCAGCUGAAUUACGGGAGAAAUGAGAGAAGGGUCUAUGAUAUAAUUGUGACCAGAAAUAUGGCCCUAAUCAUCGCUGUCGUAGUAAGUAUUUGGUCUUACUCGGGACCGACGAUUCUGAGGCUGAACAGCUUAAAGAACCCUUACCACCAGAGCCCGCAAAGGAGGUUGUCACGAGUGAUAUUUCCAGCUUAAAUGCUUUGGCGGGCCAAGUUAACCCUCGCUCACUUCGCUCGAUUGGCGAAAUAGGCUCUCAUCAGUUUCAGGACCUUACUGACAGCGGCAGUACACAUAAUUUCAUCAAACCGGCUUUGGCUGAACGUCUUGGCCUCACUAUUCAGCCCACAUCCAAUUUCAAGGUCUACAUUGGCAAUGGUGACUUUCUUCUGUGCCAGUUUGUUUAACGUGACCUUGACUCUUCAAGGGUAUGCAUUUGUGCUAGACCUCUUUGUGUUACUGAUUGAAGGACCUGAUGUGGUGCUUGAUAUUCAACGGCUGCAACGCCUCAGACGGGUCUCUCAUGAUUAUUCAGCUCUGUCCAUGGAGUUCUGUUAGGAUGGCAAACUGGUGAUACUGCGGGAUGAUUUCACCAAUACCUCGAGUUUGAUUACUCUGCAUCAGUUUCAAGUUUUGAUGCAUAGUGCUAUUGUGCACAGUUUGUUUGAGCUACACUCGUUGCCAGAGGAGGACUCUUGGACUAGAGAAACAGGGGAAGUCUCUUCACAGGUUAAGUUUCCUAGUUCACUGCCUGGAGCUAUUGCCACCACACUUCACCGUUACAAACCUUUAUUCCUCCAACCCACCGGGUUACCUCCUUACCGCCUCAUUGACCAUAAAAUUCAUUUGCUCCCAAACACUAGACCCAUCAACGCUCAACCGUAUCGGUACCCACAUUUUCAAAAAAUGAAGAUGGAGAAGCUCAUUCGUGAGAUGCUUGACAGGGCAUCAUUCGACCCAGCACCAGUCCUUUUUCUUCCCCAGUUUUGUUGGUACGGAAGAAGGACGGUUCUUAUCAGUUUUGUGUAGAUUAUCAAGCAUUGAAUGCGGCUACAAUUAAGGACAAGUUUCCCAUCCCCACAAUAGAUGAGCUACUUGAUGAACUUGGGGAUGCGAUUGUUUUUAGCAAGUUAGAUUUAAGGGCUGGUUAUCAUCAAAUCCGAAUGUAUGCAUGUUACACGUACAAAAUAGCAUUUUGGAGCCAUGAGGGCCACUAUGAAUUUCUUGUUAUGCCAUUAGGUUUAACGAACGCGCCGUCGACAUUCCAAGCUACAAUGAAUCAAAUAUUUGCUUUGUUCUUACGAAAGUUUAUGAUCACUUUUUUUUACAACAUUUUGGUUUACAGUGCCAAUUUGAUUGAGCAUGCCGGCCACUUAGAACAGGUCCUUGCUUGCCUACAAUCGUACGAUUCCUUUGUCAAGCUUUCCAAAUGCCUUUUCUGCCAAGACCGCAUUGAAUACUUGGCCCAUGUUGUCUCCUCUUACAGUGUACAAGCAUAUCCUCAAAAGAUUGAAGUUAUGGUGCGUUGGCCUCAACAAAAGAAUGUGAAGCACCUCCGCGGUUUUUUGGGUCCCACGGUGUACUACAAAUGUUUCAUUCGGGGCUAUGCCUCCAUUGCUGCCCCUCUGACCGAUCUUUUGUGCAAAGAUGCUUUCACUUGGAUGCCAACGUCCACUGCUGCCUUUGAGGCACUCAAACAAGCCAUGGUAGAAGCCCCGAUUUUGCUGCUACCAAAUUUCAAUUUGGACUUCGUCAUUGAGACCGUUGCAUUGAAUGUUGGUAUUAGAGCAGUUCUGUUGCAAGAGGGACACCCCAUCUCCUACUUUAGCAAAAAGUUGGGACUCAAACUCCGCGCUUCCUCCACUUACCUUAAAGAGUUGCAUGUUAUUGCCAAGGAUGUCCAAAAAUUGCGCCAGUACCUCCUCGACAGGCUUUUCAUUAUUCAGACCGACCACAAGAGCAUCAAGGAGCUUCUUCAAUUGGUUAUUUAAACUCCGGAUCAGUAGGUCUACGUCCGUAAAUUGUUGGGCUAUCAUUUUUGGAUAGAAUACAAACCAGGCCGUACUAAUCAAGCCGUAGAUGCCCUGUCUCGUGUGCAUAAGGACAGUUCGACUGACACCUUCGAUGUUCUAGCAGCGUGUCUCCUUUUGGCCAGCUAGCCCUCGUUCGAUCUCUUAUCCACCCUUCGCGCCGAGGAUGCCACCCUUCCUGAUAUGGUCCUGCCUUCACAAGAAAGUUAUUGAGGGUUCCUUGCCGUCUCCUUACUCGGUGCACGGUGGAUUCCUUCUCUUUUGCAACCGGUAUUAUAUCAAUCCCAAUUCCAUCCUCAAAUCAGUGAUGCUCUAGGAAUUCCAUGCUACACCGCUGGCCGGUCAUGUUGGCAUCAAGUGUACCUUGGUUCGUCUGUCCUCGACCUUAUACUGGCCACAGAUGCGGCGGGAUGUGGAAUAAUUUGUUUCGGCUUACCUGGUUUGCCAACAAAUUAAACACUCUACUCAACCGCCAACUGAUCUCCGUCAACCCCUGAUGAUUCCCUGCCUAGUUUGGGAAGAAGUCACGAUGGACUUUAUUACAGGUCUUCUGCUUGCCUGCGGGUUCACUGUGAUUUUGGUAGUUAUGGAUCGUUUAACGAAAUCGGCUCAUUUUGGCGCCCUUCCGCCCCACUUCACGGCCUUGAAAACUGCUGAGCUGUUUGUCAAUAUUGUGGUCAAACUCCAUGGUUUUCCCUGCUCUAUUAUCUCGGACCGUGACCCCGUCUUCUUGAGUCGCUUUUGGAAGCAACAUUUUGCCCUCAACAGCACCACUCUGAGCCAUAGCACGGUGUAUCACCCGCACUUCCCUGUGCUUGGGCGUGUGACCUCCUAUGGUCCUACCACAACGUGUUCUAAAAUUAAUUUAAUUAAAUAAUUACAUUAUUUAUUUCGAGUGAUAUUAUAUCCCAAUAAUUUAUCUCGUCUUGUAAAUAUUGCAAUGACGAUAUAAGG